GUAGUGGUUUUUGGGUAAUGGUUUAGUCUUUUGUUUUGUUUCGGACGCCUGAAUUGCGGGUGAGUUGGCCGUGGUCGUGGUCGACCGUGAUGACGUAUCUCCCACCUGCGAAUUGUGUGCCACCGAUCCAUUCUCAGUCCGUGGUUUUGGAAUUUGGUGUGUUGUGAGCAAGAGCGUUGCGCCGUGGUUGGGCCGCGCUGAUUGUGAGUCGAGCUGCCUGCCGCAGCUUGCAGCGGAGUGACUGCAAGUUCGUAAGCAGUUGUAAAUGUCAAUAUUUGGUGCAGCAGCUGGGGCGACAAUCGAAGAUGGAUGAUUUGGUGGACAAAGAUCAAUUAAGGGAAACUAUCGAGACGUAUAAAAAAUUGGCCGAGAAUUUUUCCAAUCACGACACUAUGCUGAAAGAUAAAACCGUCCUCUCCUACCUAGCUUAUGUCCUCGAAAUGCCCGAUACGGAGGUUGUCAAACUCGCACUUGACACCCUUGAGAUAUUCGUUAAAAACGUUGAAAACUACAGCCACAUAACCUCCACUUUUGGUGUCAGAGAGGCACUCGACUCUGUUAUUAACAAACACGCUGAGAACGAUCCGAAGCUCGCUAAACAGGCUCGGUGCAUCAAGGACGAUGUUGAACGACUAAAACCACCUAUCUACAACCUGCACAGUCGAUGCAGGAGAAUCAUUGAGCCUAAGAAACUUCAAACUCAUGUCAUCGUUCUCCACGUACACGGACUGCUCCCGGAAACUCGAGCUGAAUUAGAAGCUACUUUGAUACGAAUUGACGGUCUGAUAUCGCUCGUUGUUGACGUCGAACAUCAGCGAGUUACUAUGCGAACUCUGAGUAGCCUUACAGCUCGACAAAUUGCUGAAAUUAUUCAAAACAACACUGAGAAUAUGGAGGCUAGGCUAGUCACGAGGAAUAAAUACAAUCAGGAAUUUUUAGUUAAGUUGGUAAAUACAGAGGCUGGAGAUUCUGAAGAACUGCCUGAAUAUUUGCCAGAAGAGGAUGAACGGGAGGAAGAAAAGGACGGCGUCGUGUCGCUCUUUACUGGUCUACGUCAGAGUGCUUCCUCGCUAUACAGAUCGACCACAGAAUUUCUUCAAAACUCUUUUUACUGGUGAACAUGUUAGAAUUUCGUUAUAGGAAAAUUGUAAUUAUUAUUUUAUUUAUUCGAUAAAUAUGUAUAACGUUUGCCCUAUACUCAAACGGCACAUUUUCGAAGAAAAUUUAAAUCCGAAUUUAAUUGGUCUCUUUCCCUACGCAGCCUGGAAAAAUUCUUACGACCAUGUACGAUAUUACAGGCAUCAUGAAAUACGGGUUUUGUGCUCGUUCUUAUAGAUUUGAGAAUACCAACACCUCUCUUCGAUUCUCCAAGUCUGCAUUUAAUUAACUUUUUUGCCAGAUGUACAAACAGUUGAUGUUGAUACACACAUUGUUUACCGGAAUUAUGUAACGUAAAAGUAUGAUUUUAUUACAACGUUUUUAAUUACAGGCUUAAAAAAGAACAUCUAUAUUCCAUGUUAGGUAUGCAGAUAAUAUUGCCAUUGACCAAUAUUGAAAGAUUUUAGACUGUCCAAUUGUGCCAUUACUCGAUUCAAGAUGAUAUUGAGUUUACUGAUUUUGAGGUUCCUUUAUGUUUCACGUAUUUAUGUACCACGACUACAAUACAGUAUAUUCUUGAAAUCAUUCUCAAUUAAAUAAAAUCGGUAUGGAAUUUACAUUUGAUUUUAACUAGUUUGUUAAAAUUUGGAUUACUCUUGAUAUUUAGUUAACGACUAAAUUACAAAUGUGAUACAAAAACGUUACUUAAAUAUAGGAUUCCCUAGAUAUUCUCCAUCAUCAUCAUCAAUGUUCCAGUAACUUUGUAUCUUUAACGUGACGACAUACGUAUACAAAAAAGAAAGAUUGUUUACCAUUUACUGAAUAGUUGUUGCAGGCAAUAAUUCUGAUCAUGCGAGUUUAAUUCUAUCCACAAAACAAGAUCUAAACAUAGCAUUAUGUGAUAGUAAUAAUACUCUGAAAUGAAUAAGGCAAUUAAUGAACUCGUUCAUGGCUUAUCUAAUUAAUUCACAAAGUAAAUUGUAAUAUUCAAUAACUAAAGUUUAACCGUCAUUGAAUCUCAUACUUUCAUUUGCCUAAUAUUCAGGUACUCAUUAGUAAUAACUAAACGUGACAUCGAAACUUACCUCCGAAUAAAAAUAUUUUGAUCCAAUGCUCUCUCUCGGUUCAAUCAUUCAUUGUUCUCAUUUUUUAAGCUCCUACGAAAAUUUUUCAUUUUACACGCAACAUACAAAUGUAUAUCAAACAUCGAUUACUCAAUGAAUCGACGCUCGUGAUGAUAUAUUCUCAAUAUUAGAGUCAUUAGGAAUGAUUAGCUUUGCCUCAAUCCACGACAUUGUUGCAUGUCAGUAAUUAACUUUAAUUGACAAUGAGAUAUAAAUGUCUGCUGCGAUAUAUUUAGAUGUUAUCAAUUCUAUCUAAAAUAAUCAAGUGUAAAUUUACAUAUAUAUACACAUGUAUAUAUAUAUAUAUAUAAACACAUAUUUAUUGACAUCAUGUAUAUUUUGUUCUAAUUGUAAACUGUUUACCCAAUACAUGUAUAUUCAUUCACUUGGCUAAUACAUCAUGAGAAUGUAUCAAAUGCAGUAGUUUUGCCAAAAACAAAAUGCUCGUUUCAAACUUUUCAUCUAAGUCUAAACCAAUCUCAAUUCAUGUGAAUUCAAGCUUGUGGAAUGAAUUUAUACAUGUGUGCAAAAUUAAAAAAAAAAAUGUAGUAUCUUUUCAUUGAUAUCGAUAACUGUAAAUUAGACAAAGUAAAUGUAAAGUAUACUUACAAGUUUUCUGUAAAAAUUGAAUUACCGUUCAUUCACUGGCUUGUAAGACUCUUAAGAAUAUACAGCUUCAUGUGGUACGUGAUAAUAUUAUGUAGAGAUAUGUGUAGUAAAAACGAAUAAAGCUGUAUAAAAGUGAAUAUAUAAUAAUUGUAAUAAA